UAUACUAUCAAUAACAUGUUCGAAUUUACGUAUAGAUAAGGCGAAUAAUUAAGAUGUUUGUGGAAACUUACAAAUAUAACGCGGUAAAAGUGUAAUUAAUUUUUUUAAUUACGAUUCGAAGGUUAGACGAUGACUGGCAGCUGAUAUCGUCUUUAUCGUGUUAACGAGCGCUACAUAUCGUAGCGCAGGCCAUGCCGAGAAAAAUACAUCGGGCGCUUUCCAGCGGUGCCGGGACUUGAACCGGAGUCGGCCUCGAAGUCGCGUCCAUGUUACGAGGCAACCCGUCUCGCCGCGGAGCUACACUACACAGCCGAUCCGAUAAGAGACAUAGUUUUAUAUCCGACAAUAUAUUGUGUUCUCCGACAAGUAUUGACUGUUGAAUAGUGAACUUGACAGAAACCGUCGGAACAUUGAGGAUAGUUGAGCGCAGGUUGCACAUUCCCGUACGCCCGUGAAAUUUAAAAUACGAUGUCUUGGAUAAAGGAGCACUCCUUGAACUGGUUUCAAUCCCUGGCUUUAAGGAUCAUCAAGACCGGUAAAGUGCCUAAGCACGUGGCAUUUAUCAUGGACGGUAACAGACGUUAUGCGAAUAAACAGAACUUGGAGAAGAGAGAGGGUCACUCGAAAGGAUUCGACAAAAUGGCUGAGACGUUGUACUGGUGUAUGGAUCUUGGUAUUGUAGAGGUCACAGUUUAUGCGUUCAGUAUAGAGAAUUUUAAACGUAACAAAGAAGAGGUCGAUAAUCUCAUGGACCUUGCCAGGCAAAAGUUUAAACGCCUCUUAGAAGAGAAAGAGAAAUUGAUGGAUAUGGGAGUAUGCAUUCGCGUGAUUGGUAAUUUAUCCAUAAUUCCAGAAGAUAUAUGCAAAUUAAUUGCUGAAGCUAUGACUGUUACUAAGGAAAAUAAUAGAGCAUUUUUAAAUCUUGCUUUUGCUUAUACAUCAAGGGAUGAAAUUACUCAUGCAAUUAAGGAUAUAAUACAAGGCGUAAAAGAUACUGAUAUCUUACCAGAAGAUAUUACCGAAGAUCUAAUUACUGACUGUUUGUACACUUACAAGUCUCCAAAUCCAGAUUUAUUAAUUCGUACUUCAGGAGAAACUCGACUUAGUGAUUUCCUCAUGUGGCAAAUUUCCAACACUUGUAUCUACUUUACCGAAGUAUUGUGGCCUGAAUUCAGUAUAUGGAAUUUUCUUAGUGCAAUUUUUUAUUAUCAAAGAUGUUAUCCUCACUUGCAAAAAAAUAGAAGUUUGAAACCAAUUAUGCAUAAUAAUAGAGUAUCCAUGUAUAUUGAUAAGUUGCAUAACAAACGCGACAGUACAAUCGAAAAAAUAUAUCUAUCAGCAGUUCAAUCCUAG